CCGAUCUGGGCGCCGCAUGUCUCUCCGUGAUCGGGAAAGUCCUGCCAACCGACUACCGCCGGAAAGAAGGACAUCAAUUUUUCCACGAUUUUCGAAAAAAAUCAUGAUGGUUUAAAUCAUUAAAUUUGUCAAAAAUCGGCCUCGUUUUCGUUGUCGAGAUUUUGAUGCUAAGGCUAAGGAAGAUGCGCGAUGAGUUGUCUGAGACACGUCUGAACUUAAUCCUGGAGCAACACACAUAUUCACAUAUUAAAACGAAAGUGGAAGAAAUGGACACCAUUUCGGAAAACCUCACUAUGCACAGAUAUCUGUCAGUCGAAGCUCAGGUUGAGAAUUUGAGCAGGACAUUGGAGUCCAAAAACUUAAGCAUUGUAAAAUCGUCCAGCCUCAUCAAUAGCAAGCUCCAUUCAGUGUCCCAUCUAAGGUGUCGUCGAAAGACAUUGAGCCGGAAACUUUCCGCGGCCCAGUGCAUACUCGGGUCCCUGAGGCAGAAAUUCCAGGACCUGCGGCUCAAGGCCUAUCGGUGUAACACGGUGCAGAACAAGCUAUAUAAGUGUCUCGAUGAUGUACGCUACCAAGGUGGUAUUAUGUUAUAUCCCCAGCUCAUGACGGAUUAUGACAAGACGCUGGAGUUAUUUGCCAAAAAACGAUCUGAGAUCGAGGUUCUAAGGGCGCAGCAUGAUAUUCUUAUCGAAAGAAUCGAAACGAUCGAAGAGGAGCUUAGAAUUACACUGAAAAAUCGUAAGGGAUCUAGCAAUCAACUUCGCGCUUCCACUCUAGUUGACAGAAUGGCAAAGAUUUGAGUGCUUAGAUCACGCUCUUGGUGAAACGAGAGAAUCAAUGCCAAUAAAUAAAAAACAUCUUUUAA